AUGACCAUAUCGAGGACCACCGACACAACCUCAACCCUUCACCUGAAGGUUCCCAACAAUUUAUCUUCAUCGCCAAAUCUUUCUCCACUAUCCUCACCAAAGCUUUCACCGCUGUCAACGGAACAGAUCCCAGAGCCUUUUGGACUUCAGACUCCACUCACACCAACCUUUCAUUUUUCAUUUUCACCGCAACAACCUCCGAUAGUCACCAUUUCUUUGGAAAUAUUUGCAAAGAUCUGUGAGCACCUUACCCCGCUCGACAUCAUCAAUCUUUCAAAGGUAUGCAAACAAUAUCGAGACUACCUGUGCUCAAAAACCUCGGCCGCCUCCCAAGCCAUCUGGCGCAAGGCAAGAACUCAAUUCCUAAUUUACCCAAGAUUACCACCACCGCAAGGGAUGGAUGAGGAACGUUACAUAAAGAUUACAAACUUUGAUAAGAGAUGUGAAUUUUGUGGAACGAACGAACCAGGCAGUACUAGGUUGUACUGGGAAUUCCAGACAAGAAGCUGCGAUCCGUGUCUGCUAGAAAGAACUGUGAUACACGAAGAAAUUCUAAUGGCAAACCGAAUUCCCACGAAUGUUCUUGAUACAAUACCGUGCGUAUGGAUACGGGGCGGUGCGUUUCCUGUACCGGUACACCGAUAUUACUGGACCGAAGAAGUGGAAUCCACAAUCGAGAGCUGGGAUCUACAGCCAGAGAGUGAACUUAUAAAGUGGUUGUCACGCAGAGUGAUUCAUCAUAAAGCGUUUAUGUCUGAGGUUUCGCGACAUUACGCGGAAGAUCAAAAACAAUGGAGCGAUAGUUACAUUUUGCAACGAAAGAAUAAAGGUGUCUCGGCACCACUGUAA